CCAAUAUACAAACAAACAUCAUGGCAGAGCCUGGGGAGAGGUUAUUCAAGACCACUAUUAGAUGCUUCAGAGCUGCUCCAGAGGUGGCAACUGAUAGAAAAGCGAAUGUGUUGGCAUGGCCAUGCAGGUGGAGGACUUCACACAGAUCCAAAGGAAGGGCUGAAAGAGAUAGAUGCCAAAAAGAUUGUCCGAGCAAUGUUGUCUUACGUGUGGCCCAAGGACAGGCCGGAUCUGCGCGCCAGAGUAGCCAUCUCUCUGGGGUUUUUAGCAAGUGCAAAGGCCAUGAAUAUAUUGGUACCUUUCAUGUUUAAAUAUGCAGUAGACAACCUCAACCAGAUGUCUGGAAACAUGCUGAACCUCAGUGAUGCACCCAAUACGGUCGCAACGGUGGCAACUGCUGUUCUCAUCGGCUAUGGUAUCUCAAGAGCUGGGGCAGCGUUAUUUAACGAAGCUCGAAAUGCAGUGUUCGGGAAAGUCGCUCAGAAUUCGAUCAGGAGGAUAGCAAAGAAUGUUUUCCUGCAUCUUCACAACCUGGACUUGGCUUUCCACCUGAGCAGGCAAACAGGAGCCCUGUCAAAAACCAUCGACAGAGGAACGAGAGGCAUCAGCUUUGUCCUUAGCGCUCUAGUAUUUAAUCUGGGACCUACCAUGUUUGAGGUGGCGCUAGUCAGUGGGAUUCUGUAUUACAAGUGUGGCGCAGAGUUUGCCCUGGUCACCCUGGGGACGCUCGGAGCGUACGCGGCCUUCACCAUCGGAGUCACGCAGUGGAGGACUAAGUUUCGAAUCGAAAUGAACAAAGCAGAUAAUGAUGCAGGUAAUGCUGCAAUUGACUCGCUGCUAAAUUAUGAGACUGUGAAGUAUUUCAAUAAUGAAAAAUAUGAAGCCCAACGGUAUGAUGGAUUCUUGAAGACCUAUGAAAAUGCCUCCCUGAAGACUACCUCUACUUUAGCUCUGCUGAAUUUUGGGCAAAGUGCUAUAUUUAGCAUUGGCUUAACAGCCAUCAUGGUGCUUGCUAGCCAGGGCAUUGUUGCAGGGAGCCUGUCAGUUGGAGAUCUCGUGAUGGUCAAUGGAUUGCUGUUCCAGCUUUCUCUGCCCCUAAACUUCCUGGGAACAGUGUACAGAGAGACAAGACAAGCGCUUAUAGAUAUGAAUACCUUGUUUACACUUCUCAGUGUAGAUACUAGAAUUAAAGACAAAGAGCUGGCUCCACCCCUGCAGAUCACACCACAGACUGCUGCCAUCGCCUUUGAUAAUGUGCAUUUUGAAUACCUUGAGGGGCAGAAAGUCCUUGCUGGAGUGUCUUUUGAAGUCCCUGCAGGAAAGAAAGUGGCCAUUGUAGGAGGUAGUGGGUCAGGGAAAAGCACAAUUGUGAGAUUAUUAUUUCGUUUCUAUGAACCUCAGCAUGGAAAUAUUUAUGUUGCUGGACAGAACAUUCAAGAUGUCAGUUUGGAAAGUCUGAGAAAGGCAAUAGGAGUUGUACCCCAGGAUGCCGUCCUCUUCCAUAAUACCAUCUAUUACAAUCUGCUGUACGGCAAUAUCGGCGCGACGCCGGAGGAGGUGUACGCGGUCGCRAAGCUGGCCGGAAUCCACGAGGCAAUCCUUCGAAUGCCCAAUGGCUACAACACGCAGGUUGGUGAACGGGGACUCAAGCUCUCAGGAGGAGAAAAGCAAAGAGUUGCAAUCGCUAGAGCGAUGCUAAAGGAGCCACUUAUUUUUCUCUAUGAUGAAGCCACAUCAUCUUUAGACUCAAUUACAGAAGAGAACAUUCUCAGUGCCAUGAGGGACAUGGUGAAGCACCGAACAUCAGUCUUCAUUGCCCACAGGUUGUCAACAGUAGUUGAUGCAGAUGAAAUCAUUGUCCUGGAUCAGGGCAAAGUUGUUGAACGUGGUAGACAUGCAGACCUCCUGGCCAGCCCCAGCAAUCUCUAUUCCGAGAUGUGGCAUACACAGAGCAGCAAAAUGCAGAGUAGUGGCAUCAGCCAGAAGUGGGAGGAGAGAAACAAUCAGAUGUCCAAAGAGGAGGAGAGGAAGAAACUGCAAGAAGAAAUUAUCAAUAGUGUGAAAGGCUGUGGAAACUGUUCUUGCUAAGUAUGAUCCUGGAUUAAUCUUCUGUAACAGGUUAAAUAUGCACAGUGUUGCAGUGAAGCACAGCUCUUGGUUUUAACUCAUCAUUCAAAAACUUCCUGGGUUUUGCAGUUUUUCUUUUCAUUUUUUUUAACUGUUUCUCAAAGAAAUGUAACUUCAACCAAAGAAGUCUUAUUUCUACAUCUUUACAAAUCCCUGAUAUUUAAUGGCAUUGCAAGAGCUGAGCUUUCUCAAAAAAAAAAUUCAAAAUUCCUUCUGACAGUAUAUUUUAUGGCAGUUUUUAGGUAACGAUAAAUUCUCCUGGUAGUUACUUGGGAUGGAUCAUUAAAUUGUAAACAGAUUUGUGCUCAAUUUACAUUAUUUAUCAUCUUUAAUGGCUGAUAAGGAAGUUGUGUUUGAAUUGUAGUUGGGCUAAUUUGAAAUCAUUUGCUAGCGAGGAAGAUGCAAUUUAAAGUUUUCAGAGGUGCUCUGGUCUGAAAAGUUCUUCCUUGUGAAACUUGACAGGAGCCCCAGCAAAAUAUUAGAGGCCCCAUGUAGCAAACUAAAUAUUGAAAUAAUCCAUCUCACUGCUCCAGAGCACCUUUCAUAUUGGACUAUCCAGGAAGUGUAUUAGUGUUCUUUUAAACAAGAGCUAUAAGUUCUAAGAGCUGACAAAAAUCUGAAAUUGAAAAGAUACAGUGUGACUUUACAGAAACUAUACAAAAUGUGCAAAUAUUAAGAACGGGAAGCUUUCUCUUAAAUGGAAAAAAAAAAAUCAAAGUUCAAAUUCUGUAUCUUCAACAUCAGCAUCAAAGUAGAAGUCAAAGCAGAAUGCACUCGCCUUGAUUUUGGGCAUGAUCUUAGGGAGAAAUUAAGAGUCAGUGAGGACUGCCCUAAGUUUUUGUCAUCAAUCUAUGAACCUGGGAAUGAGAGAUGGACAUGGAUGAUGUUGCUCCAGCGAUCUCACAACUUCAGUAUUGUUUCAGUCUCAAGAAACCUCAAUUUUGGUGACUUGCAGGACACCACAGGAUUGUACAAUCAGACCUGACAUCUCCAGGGAGAUUUCCUGUGUCUGUUUAUCAGGAGCUAUGCUGGUAUAAUUCCUCAUUUGAGAGAGGGAAAUAAAUUUUAAUAGGAAAAAGUGUAUCUUUGUCUUGAUGUGAAAAAAUAACUUUUUUUUCUGGGGAAUUAUCACAGUAUAAUUACACUGAUGAAGUUAGAUUUGUAAAUCAGGUGCAAGAUGUCUCUGUGUGGGCACUAGCAAAGCAAAGUACUGGAUUUGGUGCUGCCAAUACUGCUGCACGUAGUGGCAUUUUUGUUUGUUGCAGCUUUUCUCCACAGCUGAAUAUAGCAACAGUAACUUAAAGGGAGUUAAACCUUCAUCUUUUCUGCUAGUCAUUCAUUUUCUCACUAUUAAAAUGAUGCAAAAAAAAAAAUAUUAUUAAUCCUCAGGUAAAAAAAAAAAACCUUUAACAAUAACAUCAAAUGCAAGGAAUUCUGCUUUCAUCCUUGGAGCGCAGAAGCAAAGUAAAGCCUUGUUAACAUAGUGACAGUCCAGAAUUAUUUUAAUUUGCCAUGUCCUUUUUAUUUUAACCAAGUGUCUCCGUUUUUAAUUUGUAAUAGUGGUGUGGUAGAUUAUAAAGGUGCAGUUAUCUCUGAACUGCCAGAACCAGUUAGCAAGAGUUAAGGCUUCUCCCUUUCUUAUAUCGUGCCUAGCAAAAACCAAACGUCCCUUCUCCCACAAGAGCUAGUUUGGGAAUUAAAUGAUUUGUCUCCUGUUGUGUGCAGCAGGUAGUGUACAAAGGCUGUAAAUAGYAGUAUUUCAAUCCUGACCACCCUUUUCCUUCUGCACAAGUUGUAGAUGUCACUAGUCUGAAAGGUGGAAGAGAAGGUGGGUUGGGGUUUUGGUUGCUUUUUUUCCCCUUUUUCCCCUCCAUGAGCAKUUGCCAACAUUACAAGGCUUUGAAAACCCAGUGAUUACCUCGAGAGAAGGAAAAGUAGCCUUAAGGGCUUUUUAAGAAUCCCCAAACCACAAGCUAUUUUAAUGCCAAAGUUGUGUUUGUGGAGGGUAGGAGGGAUGCAGAUGAAUAAGUGGUUAUCCAAAGCUGAUGUUUUUAAUCACUGAGGACAGGUUUUGCAAGUGCUCGAGAAGGUGUGGGAGAAGGGAGCGUUUGAAAUGGUGAGGAUCAGUAAUGAUCAAAAUUUGCUUACAUCUGCCAAGGGUUUGACAGGGCUGCAAGGUUGGUGUUCGUCUUUGCAAUCUUUUUCUUUUUUUUCUUUUAAAGCCAAUCCAUACUCUGCAACUUUGUCCAGCUUUAAGCAAACAGGGUAAUGGGAAGCAACUCUUAAAGGCGUUUUCUGAAGAGAAGGCUUGUGAUACAGGAGAGGAUUUAUUUUAAAGGAUGGAUGGCAGUGACUUCCGAGAGAUGACUGAGAAUUUCCUGUUCCGUAGAGUUGCUAGAUAAACAUUCCUGACUUGUUUGUGGAUUUAUAUGAAUGUUCCCGUGGGUGCCUGUCUGUUCUUUAGGUCCAAUACAAGGGAGAGGAGAUUACUCAUUACUGAUUGUAGCAAAAAGKUUUUUUUGCUUUCUUCUCAUCCUCCCCGCUCCCCCCUCACCUUCCCAAAUUAAAUGGGAAAAGCUUCCUCGAAAAAUGCAGAAAGUUGUUGCACAGCUGAAGAGUUGCAGAUGAGCAGGAUUUUGUGCUGCCACAGCCUCCCACUAUUCUGUCAGAGAUGCAAGAAUAAAAUAGGGUUAUGUUUUGCUUGUAGAAGCAAUACUUGGUGAUUCUUUUGCUUACAAGAAGAUAAAACUUUUCCCCURGCUUUUUUAUUUUUAGUUCAUAUGCCAAGACUCCAAAAAUCACCAUGUUAAGCAGACAUUUAUGAUACUUGUUGACUAUGAGAGUCAUGWUUUGGAGAUUUGAAUAAGAUGCGUAGUGUACUGAGUCCUGAGACGAUCUAUACAGCAUCUCUUUAGAAAGCCUUACAGUUUGAAAUAGAAAAUCUGAUGGCCUCUAUGGAUCUUGGUAAUUCUGCUCUUCUGUAGUCUGGGACAUCACUCUUCAGAACAUCAGCUUUUCAUGUUCUUGGAACUUUGGUGGACUUGUAGCAGGUUGAAAAUCAAAGUCAUCUAAGAUCAUCRUAAGAACAGUGUUUGCUGUUUUGGAGACAACCCCCCUUUUUUUUUUCUUUCCCAUUCUCCCUCUUAUUAAAGGCAAUGUGCAAGUCUGAAAAGUGAGCAGAGAAAUGAUUGGUUCUUGCAGUUCGUAUUCAUCUCUUGACUCUAAACCUACAGAAUUUAAUUUUAAUUUCCAUGCAAGAACUUGCUGGGCACAGAAUGUGAAGACACGAACUGUGCUUCCCUGGCUGUUCUCACCU